AGUCCUCUCCUAACAAGUGAACAAAAUGAAUCAAUCAAAACUGGAAACGCUUCAACUACAUCAGGAAUUUAUCAAAUCUUCAGCGGAGGGCCCACAGCAGCUAAUUCAGUACUUACAACUGAAAAUAUGAAGAAUGCAUCUGACCGAGCAUCUAUCUACCUAGCUGUCUGAACUAUAAAUUGCAGGAUAUUCUUGUAACAUAUGAUUUUAAGUUACUAAGGAGUUAAAACCAGAGAGAAUAGGUCUACAUUACUGCUGGGAUGUAACACAUCAACAGUAAUCAUCGACAGAAGAUGCUAUAUAAAAUAACCACAAAAAGAAAAACGAUAUAAGUGUAAAAUCCUGAAGACAAAAUGGUGAGCACUUUAAAGAGGGUGUUUAUACUUUAAUAUAUCAGAAUUGUGGAGCUACUGAUUCAUAAAGAAACAAUGAAACAUGGAUUACCGAAAUAAGAAUGCCAAAUAUUAACAGCAAGCUAAAUGAAGCUUUAGCAAGUAUUUUCUGUACUAAAUAUUGAGAUACUUGUAUUAAUUGAUAUUACUAAAGGAUUUUUCCAUUGGAGUUUUAUUACCAAUUAUAUAUCCUCUUCUAAUGAAAACAAACCAGAUUAAAUAGCAGAUGGUUUUUAUCAAAAGAACAUGGACUGGAUUUAUAAUAUAAAACAAGUUUAUGUGAUCGAGAAAUCAUUUCAAAAUAAUUAAGACUGCUAUAGAAACAGUGUGUAACAAAAGGAUGUCUAAAUACAUUUUAGGAGCUAGAAACCUUUUUUGUUUUCACAUGUUCUGGAAAAUAAAGAGACGCUCUCAUAUAUUUCCAUAAAGGGAAUCAUAAUUCCUAUCAUUUGAAGAAGUUUUGCUUGGUUGUGACUUUUUAAGACAAAACAAACAAAAAUAUUGUUUACUGGUCUUUAGAAAUCCAUCAGCCAACUAAAUCUCACAAUUCAUGCAUUUGAAGUAUUGGAGAGAAAAUGAAAGAAUGCCUACAAGACAUGAAAUAAAACACAGCUACUUCACUGCUGUCAGUUAAAAAUUCAUGUCAAAAUUUGUCAAUGACAUCAUGCAUCAAUUUGUGAAAAACUGCUAUAGUGAACCAAAAGGCCUAUAAGGCAACAGCAAACAGGGAAAAAAAUCAACUGCUCCAAAAGAAUGUUUUUUUCUCCCAUUCUGGAAAUCAACAUGCAGUCUGAAUCUAACAUUACAGUUCGAGAUGACAUUGAUGACAUCAACACCAAAAUGUACCAAACACUAUCAUACCCAUUAAGCUUUCAAGCGUCUCUCACCGGAUUUCUCAUGUUAGAAAUCGUGUUGGGACUUGGCAGCAACCUUACCGUACUGGUACUUUACUGCAUGAAAUCCAACUUAAUCAACUCUGUCAGUAACAUUAUUACAAUGAAUCUUCAUGUACUUGAUGUAAUAAUUUGUGUGGGAUGUAUUCCUCUAACUAUAGUUAUCCUUCUGCUUUCACUGGAAAGUAACACUGCUCUUAUCUGCUGUUUCCAUGAAGCCUGUGUAUCUUUUGCAAGUGUCUCAACAGCGAUCAACGUUUUUGCUAUCACUUUGGACAGAUAUGACAUCUCUGUAAAACCUGCAAACCGAAUUCUGACAAUGGGCAGAGCGAUAAUGCUAAUGAUAUCCAUUUGGAUUUUUUCAUUUUUCUCUUUCCUGAUUCCCUUUAUUGAAGUAAAUUUUUUCAGUCUUCAAACUGGAAAUACAUGGGAAAAUAAGACACUUUUGUGUGUCAGUACAAAUGAAUACUACACUGAACUGGGGAUGUAUUACCACCUGCUUGUACAGAUUCCAAUAUUCUUUUUCACUGUCAUAGUAAUGUUAAUCACAUACACCAAAAUACUUCAGGCUCUUAAUAUUCGAAUAGGUACCAGAUUUUCAACAGGACAGAAGAAGAAAGCAAGAAAAAAAAAGACUAUUUCUCUAACCACGCAACAUGAGACUACAGACAUGUCACAAAGCAGUGGUGGGAGAAAUGUAGUCUUUGGUGUAAGAACUUCAGUCUCUGUAAUAAUUGCCCUCCGGCGAGCUGUGAAACGACACCGUGAACGCAGAGAAAGGCAAAAAAGAGUCUUCAGAAUGUCUUUAUUGAUUAUUUCUACAUUUCUUCUCUGCUGGACACCAAUUUCUGUUUUAAAUACCACCAUUUUAUGUUUAGGCCCAAGUGACCUUUUAGUAAAAUUAAGGCUGUGUUUUCUAGUCAUGGCUUAUGGAACAACUAUAUUUCACCCUCUGUUAUAUGCAUUCACAAGACAAAAAUUUCAAAAGGUCUUGAAAAGUAAAAUGAAAAAGCGAGUUGUUUCCAUAGUAGAAGCUGAUCCCAUGCCUAAUAAUGCUGUAAUUCACAACUCUUGGAUAGAUCCUAAAAGAAACAAAAUUACCUUUGAAGACAGUGAAGUAAGAGAAAAAUGUUUAGUACCUCAGGUUGUCACCGACUAAGGAAAAGUCUAAGUUUUACCAAAUCCACAUUCAGAAGUUUUAAAUUUAAAUUGUAAAAAAGUAAAAUUACUGCCAAAUAUAAGAAAAAAACAUUUUAAGUAUUGGUUAUGUUGUAAAUUUUCAAUGUAAAUGUCAAGAUUAGAUUAGGUCAUAUAUAUUCAAUUUCUUCAUAAAUUAAUGUAUUUGUUGCAUGGCAGUUUGUUAAAGUAAUAUCAUAUGUAUAUUUUGUCAAUAUUAUGUCCAUCAGAAGAUAUUCAUGUAAGUCAUAUUUUCUAAAUAAUAAAUACAUAGCCUUAAAACAGUCUAUAACUUAAAAAUAUAACUGACACAUUUGUAUCCUUGUUUUUUUCUUUUGUAAAGUAUAUUGUUUCUAAGCCACAAACUAUAGAUAUAUUUAUAUGUCAACUGGAAUAGCAUUUUAACGUAAGAACCGAAAUUACAGCUCCAAAUAAUCAAAACAAUCCAGAAUUUUCUGUACCACUAUAUUGUUUUCUGAUAUAGUCAACUUGCUGUAAUAUUUGAUGCACCAAAAAUAAUGAACCAUGUAUAAAACUUUAUCCUUUUUUUAAAUGUAAAAAUUGUAAGGUUUAUCAAAAUUUUAAUAUUCAAGAAAGAAAAACAAAUAACCUAUAUUUCACACCAAGAUAGAGAAACUUUUUAAAUUCAAGUUUAUUAUGGAAAAGAGUUUGACAUUCUAAAAACAAGGGCAUUAUGCCUAUACUAUACAAAUGAACUGAUAAUAAAGAGAAGGAAGAAAACUAAAGCACCAGCCUCAUUCUUCCUUUUCUCACUUUGCUUCAGUCUAAGCCAAAUGCUUGGAAUUAAUAUAGUCUGCUGGCAAAAACAGUGUAUUAAAAUAACUUUAUUCAAGUUGGUCCUUUUGUGUAAUAAAAGUUAAUUAUUAAAAUCUGAAUACCAGGGAGAAAAAAAGGACUCUACUAUUGUAGAAAAGUUAACAAAGCCAACUAUUUUUAAUUUUAGAUAUAUAGCAACUUUACAGUAAUAAAAUUUACACAAUGUUACUACCCUACCCGUAACUCCCAAAUAUUUCAAAAUACAGUAGUUCUAUUUCCACUCUGAAAAUCAUUAAAAUGGAAAUAAACCAGUCAAUUUGUUUUACUCUACACCAUUCAAUGUAAGCAUUUUUGUCUCCAAUCAACUCAUGUUGGAAAAUUAUGAAAUUACUAAUCCUAACUAUAGAUAUCAGGUUUGGGAAUUCUUAUCAAAUAUUUUUCAGCUGUAAUAAUCUAAUAAUCUAUUUAUGAGUACUAAGUAUAACCGUAUCAGAAAAACAGCAAUAAAUUUCUUAAAGUGGGCAAAUACUUGCUCCCUUAUCAUUUUAUUAACUAGAUAAUUUUUAUUCUAUUUUUAACACUAUAUUCACUAAAGUAGCAAAUCGUUUUUAAUUAAAUUUUAUAUUAAACAAUUCAACAAUAUAUUACUUUUAUGUAAAUAAAUGAAAUUCAUUCAGUCAAGUUUACUGAAUACCCUAAUUCUUGGGGAAAUGAGCACCAUGCAAUAACUUGAAUUCCCUGAGGUUACACAACAAAUUCAUUUACCUCUGAUAAUAAUGCUAACAAUGUCAAAUCUUGGCAAAGCUGAAAUUAUUUUCUUCCUACUUAUUUUCUACUCUUUUAUAAAAUUAAAGAAAUGCUAUUUGACAAAAUAUACCAUAGGACUUAUUUCUUGAAACCUGGAAGACAAAUUAAGAAUUCAUAAACAAAGAUAUUAAGACAAUUUUCAUUUGAUAAAUAUAUUUGGCAUAAAAUAUCUGCUAAUAUAUUAACUUAAAAAUUUUAAACUUAUUUCAUAGUUGGACUUCCAAGCAUAAGUUAAAAUUUUAGUAUUUAGUUUUAUAAACUUAAUAAAAAUUCAACUAUUUUUAGAGUUUUCAUAUUAAGAGAAAACACUUUGUGUUUUAAAUAUUUUUAACCCUCAAGUCUAUACAUAUGCCAAAGGACUCAGUUAAAAAAACGCUUUUCUAAUAUAUUUGCCUAAACUACUUUCAAGCUCUCUUGUUCUCUGUAAUAAGUAAUCUAUCAAAAUAAUAAAUAAAUGGCAAAUAUUA